AUGACCAUGGGAAGGACAAAACUGAAAAAGGAUCCUGGCAUCCCUCGAUUGCCUGAUCUCAAAGUUCGAGUGCGAAAUAUUCAGAAGAAGCCCCCGGUGCCACCUGAGAGGCGGAUGGACCCAGAUAGUCCUAUGGCGUCGGAACCUACCCUUUCAACUCUUGCAAUGCUUGCUUCAGAGGCCUCUACGUCUCAGCUACCAGAAGAUGAUUCAUCUUCCUUACCUUCGAGGGGGAAAACGAGAGAACAGAUGCGCAAAUAUUACCUUCGGACGUUGCACAAAGUUAUUGAGCAGAGUGAUAUUAUCAUCCUUGUCCUUGAUGCACGGGAUCCGGAGGGUUGUCGCAGUAGGCUUGUCGAGGAAGAGGUUCGUCGAAGGGAAUCAGAAGGGAAGAAACUAGUUUUCGUGUUGAAUAAAAUCGAUCUUAUACCACGUCCCAACGCUCAGGCAUGGUUGAAGCACCUCCGUCACUCCACCCCUACACUCCCUUUCCUGUCCUCCGCUUCAUCUCAACAUCAGCGGACGAAUAUAUCUAGCUCAACUGCUCCAUCAUUAUUGAAACUAUUGAAAGCCUACAAACCAAAGGCCGGUAGCGUGACCGUUGGUGUUGUGGGAUAUCCCAAUGUUGGAAAGAGUAGCUUGAUAAACAGUCUCAAGAGAAGCAAGGUCUGCGCGGUGGCGGCACAACCAGGUCAUACUAAGGAUCUGCAAUCUGUUCAGUUAGAACGAGGGAUGCGCAUCAUUGAUUCACCAGGUGUUGUCUUUGACGAAGACGACUUCAUUGACGGUAAAAGUGAGAAGAAGAGCAGUGUAUUACUGCGAAAUGUUGUCAAGGUGGAAGAUGUUGAGGAUCCUAUUGCAGUUGUGGAAGAAAUCCUGGCGCGGACACCACCCGCCACCUUGCAAAAGAUAUACAACCUUCCUGAAUUUGGUUCAACGCUUGAGUUUAUCACAAUGCUCGCUCUGAGUAGUGGGCGACUUUUGAAGGGAGGAACUCCCGAUAUAAAUUCGGCCGCGCGACAAGUUCUCACUGACUGGAAUCAGCAAAAAAUACCGUACUACUCUGAGCCUCCCGCAAUACAUCCGUCUCUCAUCCCUUCUGUUGUUCCAUCAAACGAUGCUGGUGGAGCCGCUGUUGUAGCGCCCGGCGCUGAGCAAGUUGGACAAGCCCAGAUUUUGAAUACGUUCUCGAAGCCAUUCACAUUGGAAGGGUUGUUUGGCGCUGCAGAUGCUGGGGCCUUUGGUGGAGCAAGUGGCGACGUGCCUAUGAUAGCCGACGAGGACGGGGACAUAUUUUGGGAUGCCGUAGAAGGCGAGGCCAUGGAGGAGGAUGGGAAUCAAAUGGAAUCGGAUGAUCUCAGACCUCGAAUACCAUUGAAGCGGUCGCGGUCCCCAUCGAUAGCACCUGCCAAUGAGAUGCAAACUGGACCCUCAAAUGCUCCUCCAGAAAAUAACCGUGUUCGACAACCUAAGCGCCAGCGGAAGAACAAGGACAUACCCGAAUAUGACGCACGCCCUGACGACCAUGUACUUAAGAGGAUGGAUCGGAGUAACCCAUUGAGUCGAAAGACGCUCAAGAAAGAAGCCAAGCGAGCGCGGAAAGCUCAUCGCAUAAAAUCUCAGGCCGCUGCUGGGCCUGGGGGUAUGGAAGUCGAUCACGCAGAGUUGCAGUUUACGUUCAUGGCCUGA